AUGGAGAGGAGGGACUCAUCGAAUAGAAUAACGGCAUCGACACCUGAUAGAGAUGAUAUCGAGUUGUUGGGGGCUGAAUUUGAGGUGUUCUUAAAUUUUAGAGGGCCCGACACUCGCCUAAAUUUUGCCGACUGCUUCUAUCACUCCAUGGACGGAGCUGGGAUUCGCGUUUUUAGAGAUGACGAAGAGAUCAGAAAAAGCGAAGCAAUUGGAGAUGAACUAGAGCGCGUGAUCAAGAGCUCCACAAUCUGUAUGCCCAUCUUCUCUAGAAACUACGCGUCGAAUCCUAACGAUGUCCAGCUCAAAACGGGGCUGUACCAUGAUGCUUUGCAGAAGCACGAGCAAAAGUUUGGCUGUGAUGUAGUGCGGCAAUGGAAGGAGGCUCUGAGGGUGGUCGCUCAUACCGAAGGAUGGGAUCUCAAAGAUAGAGCCCAAGUUGAACACAUUAGAUUAAUCGUUGCUGAAGUUUUGAUCAAGCUAAAUAAAAGAGACAAAAAUAUGCCUGAACAUCUAGUUCGAAUUCAGGAUCGUGUUGAAGACGCCAUGCGCUUAUUAGAGGAAGGUUAUCCUGAUGUCCGUUAUCUAGUGAUCCACGGUAUGCGGGGCAUCGGUAAGACGACUCUUGCUAAGGGAUUAACCAAGUUAAAAGGAGAUUCCAUGAUGAGAAAGUCCUCAUUGUUCUUGAUGACCUAG